AUGGGGUCGCCGUUGAGCCGCCGGGACCGCAUCAGCGCCCUCCCGGACAGCGUGCUGGGCGACAUCCUCUCCCACCUCCCGACCGUCGAGGCCGGCCGCGCGGCGGCGCUGGGCCGGCGGUGGCGCCACAUCUUCGGCCACGUGCACAUCGUCUGGUACGACGAGGAGGAGGGCGAGAGGUCCGCCGACUGGGAGAGCCACUACUUUGAGGCCAAGGAGUACAAGAGCUGCAGCCACGCGCUCCUGGACGGCAUCAGCGCCGCGCUGCUCUGCCGCCUCCGCUGCGCCGGCCGCCACGUGCCGCUGCGCACUUUCCGCUUCGCCUUCGACGAUUUUCGCCCCGGCUGGGACACGCUCCACGUCGAUGAGUGGCUCUCCUACGUGCUGCAGUACGCCGGCCAUGACCUCCACCUCGACCUGCGCUUCGUUAUCGGCCCCAUCUGCACCAGCGAUAAUCGGACGAGUUUCACCGGAACCGACGACUCCGAUGACCAUGAAGAAGGGCCCUACGGCCGAAAGCUCCCCUACCUCCUCCCCACAAGGAUUUUCUCGUGUGCCACACUCAAGACGCUCAGCCUCACCCAUUGCCGGCUCAAGCUGUCUCAUGGGGCAUCCGUCCACCUGCCGGCCCUCGAGACGCUGCGUUUGACGAGCAUCCACCAUGACUCCGGGAAGAGCAUCCAGAGGCUGGUCUUGGGGUGUCCUCGCCUCCUCGAUCUAACGCUGGAAGCCAUCCACCGCCUCAGGACUUUCUUCCUACUCCACACACGCCUCCGCCGCUUCGCUCUCACGUGCUGCCACAACAUCAAGUCCAUCCACAUCGAUGCCACGGAGAUGGCAUCCCUAGAAUAUCGCGGCGACAUGCGUUCCGAGUCCCUCCUGAACUUUGACGGCUCGCCACCACGGGGGAUCCCAUCAUGCAUCAUCGACCUUUGCACAUCAGUGAGUGCGAAGGACCACGACUUGUUCCGGCGGUUCCUAUGGAGUUUCUCGGCGUCAAAGUGCCUCCACCUGCACCAUGGAGGCCUACACACCAUGUGCCUCGCGCCGGCGGAUAAGCUCCCGCCGUUCACUUGGAUGACGCGGCUCGUGCUGCAGGGACGUGUCGAGAGUCGUGCGUUCGUGGCUAUCGUGCAUGACAUCCUAGAACAUGCACCAAACCUAGAGGUCUUGUCAUUUUACAUGGCAGAGAAGAAGCAACGACGCAUGACAACGGCGAGCGAUGAUGGUCAAAGGGGCAGCGAUGCUACCGUGGUGGUUCCCGACGAGGCGAGCUCCUCGACGACGUGCCUGCAACUGAGGAUGAAGGAGAUUAACAUGGUGCACUAUGAGGGGAACGAGACACAAAGGUUGUUGGCUCGUCUCUUGUUCCGCAAUGCGACUGUUCUUGAGAGGCUGUGUGUCGUGUUCAGCAGGGAGCGUUUUGGAGUGCAAACUGGUCUGAAAAAGGAGAUUGAAAGCUGGGCUAGGGCCGGCACACGAAAGACUUUCUUGUAG